ACCGAUCGCCUCGACGACGUGCCCUCCUCAAACAGUGUCGAUCUAGACCCCGUAGCGGUUCCCCUAACGACCGUCUCCGUCCGUACGUGUUCCUCUCGGUGCGAACUCGGUGAGUGCGAGCAGAGCUCGAACGAGUGCCCGUGCCCUCCAUGCGCUGACAGUUCCGUCGUCGAACGAUGCAGACCACGCACCCGGUGAGCCUCCAGUCGCAGCGCGUCCAGGGCCUGUACGGGUUGGACAACAGCGACAGCUCGGGGAUCCCGCACAGCGCCGGUAGCUCGGCGAGCAACUCCCCGGACCACUACGAGCGUUUCUCGCCGCACCUGAUGGACCUGAGCAGCCCGCCGGAGCACAGAGACCUUCCCGGUUACCAGGUCCACCAUCACCAGAUGAUCUACCAGCCGCCGGCGUAUCCCAUCUACCCUGUCCAGGAGGACCCGAAGAGGUUCCAGGAGCCCGGCGGUAAGAUCCUCAGGGACCUCCAGGCGGAGGUGUCCGAGUACGACAGACGUCUUCGCGACAACUCGCCCGGGUUCCUCUCCGAUCACAGCCGGGACCACGAGCAGAGCAUCUAUCUGACCCCAUCGCCGCAGAUGUACUCGUCGGGCGAGGAAAUGGGCCCCAGGCACCCGCAGCAGCCCUACCACGUGGAGACGAUGGACUACAAGCCGGAGAUCGUCGAGUACAAGCCCGAGGUGCUGGAUUACAAGCCGGAGAUGGAGCAGAGGUUCAAGGAGAUGGAGCCGUCGUCGUCGACGAAGAGCUACGGGUUAGAGGGGCCCAGGACCGGCGGGAAGAGGAAGAGAAAGAGCAGCGCGGAGUCCGAGACGGAGAGCAACGCGUCGUCCACGAAGAACAAGAUCAGGAGGAAGAGCUGCGCGACGUUCGAGGAGAUACAGAACCAGAGGGUGAUGGCGAACGUGAGGGAGAGACAGAGGACGCAGAGUCUGAACGAGGCGUUCGCCGCACUCAGGAAGAUUAUUCCUACGUUGCCCAGUGACAAGCUCAGCAAGAUUCAGACGCUCAAGCUCGCCACCAGGUACAUCGACUUCCUGUUCCAAGUGCUGCAUUGUAAUAUGGAGAACGGCGAGGUCGCCGACGAGGCUGGUGAUAGGAGCUCAAGGAGCGCAGUACUCGCAGCGAGAGAAAUAACAUCGUCGUCUUGCAGCUACAUGGCGCACGAGAAGCUCUCGUACGCCUUCAGCGUUUGGAGGAUGGAGGACGAUUGGAACUCGAACCUGUAGACACAUCUCUGACGUCGGAAGCCUGUAUUCCCGUCGCGAGCCUGUUUGAACCGGUUUGAGGCUCGCCAACCUUCAUAUCGAAAUUUGUCUUUCGUUGUUGCUUUGCGAAGAAGGAAUCAUAAAUUAUGAGAUUCAUUAGUAUGUGGUUUGGAACUGUUUUGAUCUUGUUUGAGCCACUUACAAAUCGGUUUGAACCGACUAGAAAUCGUUUUGAGUCGCUUUUAUAACCAUUUCAGUCUCUUUGAAACUUGAACUGUACUUAGGGAUCGUUUCGAACUGCUUGAAAACCAU